CGCCCCGCAUUGCUGUUACUGCUGCCGCCGCUGCUACUGGGGGCCCUCCCGCUGGCCGCCGCCGCCCGAGGUCCUCCAAGGAUGGCAGACAAGGUGAUCCCCAGGCAGGUGGCGCGGCUGGGCCGCACGGUUCGGCUGCAGUGCCCCGUGGAGGGGGACCCGCCGCCGUUGACCAUGUGGACCAAAGACGGCCGCACCAUCCACAGCGGCUGGAGCCGCUUCCGAGUCCUGCUCCAGGGGCUGAAGGUGAAGGCGGUGGAACGUGAGGACGCGGGCACCUAUGUGUGCAAAGCCACCAACGGCUUCGGCAGCCUCAGCGUCAACUACACGCUCAUCGUCACAGAGGACACCAGCCCAGGGAAGAUCAGCCCAGCGGCUGACGGCUCUGCCGGGGGCCAAGAGGACCCAGCCAGUAAGCAGUGGGCGCGGCCCCGCUUCACACAGCCCUCUAAGAUGCGGCGCCGGGUCAUCGCACGGCCCGUGGGCAGCUCCGUGCGGCUCAAGUGCGUCGCCAGCGGGUACCCGAGGCCGGACAUCACGUGGAUGAAGGAUGACCAGGCCCUGUUGCGGGCCGAGGCCAGCGAGAGCAAGAAGAAGAAGUGGACGCUGAGCCUCAAGAACCUGCGGCCCGAGGACAGUGGCAAGUACACGUGCCGUGUGUCCAACCGCGCUGGAGCCAUCAAUGCCACCUACAGGGUGGACGUGAUCCAGCGGACGCGCUCCAAGCCCGUGCUGACCGGCACGCACCCCGUGAACACGACCGUGGACUUCGGUGGCACAACCUCGUUCCAGUGCAAGGUGCGCAGCGAUGUGAAGCCAGUGAUCCAGUGGCUGAAGCGUGUGGAGUAUGGAGCCGAGGGCCGCCACAACUCCACCAUCGAUGUGGGUGGCCAGAAGUUUGUGGUGCUGCCCACCGGCGAGGUGUGGUCACGGCCUGACGGCUCCUACCUCAACAAGCUGCUCAUCGCCCGCGCGCGCCAGGACGACGCCGGCAUGUACAUCUGCCUGGGCGCCAACACCAUGGGCUACAGCUUCCGCAGUGCCUUCCUCACAGUGCUGCCAGACCCGAAGCCACCCGGGCCGCCUGUGGCGUCGUCGUCCUCCACCACCAGCCUCCCGUGGCCCGUGGUCAUCGGCAUCCCGGCAGGGGCCGUCUUCAUCCUGGGCACUGUGCUGCUGUGGCUCUGCCAAACCAAGAAGAAGCCGUGCACGCCCAUGACCGGUGCACCGCCCAUGCCUACGCCCACGCACCGCCCACCCGGGGCAGCCCGGGACCGCGGCGGGGACAAGGACCUGCCUGUGGUGGCAGCAGCCUUGUGUGAGGAGCAUGGGUCUCCCACGGGCCCCCAGCACCUGCUGGGCCCUGGCUCAGCGGCAGGUCCCAAGCUUUACCCCAAACUGUACACGGACGUGCACACGCACACGCACACGCACUCGCACACGGAGGGCAAGGUCCAUCAACACCAGCACAUUCACUACCAGUGCUAGGGCCAGGCUCUUGGGGGCCACUGGCAGACGGACGCAUGGGCUCAGGGGCACACAGAGACAGUAGGAUGGGCCCACAGGCCAGGAGGGGCAGCCAGUGCCCAGGGAGCCCAGUGUGAAGCAUGGCCACAAGGUGAGGUGUGCGGCACUGCACACACACACACACACACACACACACACACACACACACGCAGUGAGUAACUGGGGAAGACUGGACUUUGGCUUUGCAGUGCAGAUGCAGUGACUUAAUGAAGGAAUCGCCCCAUCCCUGGCUCCUGGGGUGGGGUGGGGGGUCAUGGCUCCCCGAUACCCCUCCUCAGCCUGCCAGGGGCCUGAGAAGUGCCCUGGCAAACUGACCAGCCCCAGCCCUGGCUGUGCCCUGCCCUGAUACUGGCCUGCCUGCACCCCUGCCCAGUCUGGCAGCAGCUGGCUAUUUUUGCCACCACCUGUCCUGGGUGACGGGGUGUCCAGCAGGACCCCGAGCCGAGCUGGGGGCAGUGGUGGUAGCCCCAGGCUCUGCCCGUGAGAGCCUGGAUCCAGGCCUGGGGGUGUACCCCCCUCCAAGAGAAGGAGCCCCCUUGAUAUUUAUAUUUAAGAAAUGAAGAUAAUAAUAUUAAUAAUAAUGCAAGGAGGGAUUCUGGCCGGGAGGGUGGGUGGCAGGGGCCGGGGCCUGUUCCUGCAGCUUGGUGUUGGCACCCCGUGGAGGCCUGGCACCCACCUCCCACUGCCCAGGGCAGACCCAAACCUCUGUAAUUUUAUCUAGGGUUUAAGCUGAAGUCGCGUAUAUUUAAUUUAUUUUGUUAAACAAGAAAGAGUGCAUCCUUG